AUGGAUGAUCGAGCGUUUAAAGAAUUUCAGCAAAGAAUCAAGUUGGCAGAUGGAUCUAAUCCAUUUAAAUCUUUGGUGACCUCAAUCAUCUUUCAACAAAUUCACGGUAAAGCCGCAGCAUCCAUUCGGAAUAGAUUUUUACGUUCAUUUGAAUCACCGAUUCCAUUUCCUGCUGAUGAAAUUCUGCCUUCUUCUUUUCCAUGGUUUCCAACUCCAGACAUGAUCUUGGCAAAAACUACUGAAGAACUUAGAUCAGUAGGCUUGUCCCAAAGGAAAACAGAAUAUAUACAAGAUUUAUCCGCUAAAUUUGCUAAUAAUACCAUCGUUAGUGAGGAAUUGGAUAGAAUGUCAGAUGAGACUAUUUCCAAAUUAUUGUGUUCAGUCAAAGGAAUUGGGCAGUGGACAGUGGACAUGUUUCUAAUGUUCAAUUUAUGUCAUCCUGACGUACUUCCUGUCUCUGAUCUGGGUGUGAGAAAAGGAGUGGCUCUCCAUUUUAACACAGGCAAUAAAAAAGAUAAGAAGAAUCAAAUCAUACUUCCAUCACCAGAUGAAAUGCGUCAAUUAACAGAAAAAUGGAAACCGUAUCGCACAUUGGGAAGUUGGAUGAUGUGGAGGUUGAUGGAAAUUAAAACUGUAGCCGAUGACUAA